GACGACGGCGACGUUCUCGGGUUGUAGCGCCCUCUGCCGCUCACCAUCUGACAUACCUGUAAUCUCAAAGAUGGCGGCGUUAGCUGCGCCUCGCCUGGCCAUGUUUGGCUGCUUUUCAACAAGGCCCAUUUCAUUCUUUGCUGUUCAACAGAAGAGUCUGCAUAGCGGUGCAAAAAGCGAGAAUACCACCACAAGUGUGGUUCCAGUCAGAGAGAAGAGCACGGCAGUGGCAGCAGCCAAACCAGCGUCUGUAGCCAGCAGCAAGGGGGAGUAUGUUAUCACUAAGCUGGACGACUUGGUUAACUGGGCACGCAGGAGCUCUCUGUGGCCUAUGACCUUUGGCCUGGCAUGCUGCGCGGUGGAGAUGAUGCACAUGGCGGCCCCUCGUUACGACAUGGACCGCUUUGGAGUGGUGUUCAGAGCAAGUCCCCGACAGGCUGAUGUCAUGAUCGUGGCUGGAACGCUGACUAAUAAGAUGGCUCCGGCUCUGCGGAAGGUGUACGACCAGAUGCCUGAGCCCAGAUACGUCAUUUCCAUGGGAAGCUGUGCUAAUGGAGGAGGCUACUACCACUACUCAUACGCUGUCGUCAGAGGUUGUGACCGAAUUGUACCAGUGGACAUUUAUGUUCCAGGUUGUCCCCCCACUGCAGAGGCUCUCCUUUACGGGACUUUACAGCUGCAGAAGAAAAUCAAGCGUGAGAAGAGGAUGAGGAUCUGGUAUCGGAAGUGAAUGUGUUAUGUGUGUGUGUAUCUGGCAUGUAAAUGUUGUAUUUCAGGUUUAAUUUGGAGCGCUGCUCCUCGUCCAUGUAGAGCUGCAGAGACUAACCUCAAUAAAAUCAUUGUUGUAAUUUA